CCGGUCCCGCCGCCGCGCUCAGCCCCGUCCAGCCCGUCCGUCCGUCCGUCCGCCGAGGUGGCGGCGCCGGCCCACCCGGGCUUUCACUAGCUAUUGAGAACCAUGUCUGACAACGGAGAACUGGAAGACAAGCCACCAGCUCCUCCUGUCCGGAUGAGCAGUGUCAUCUUCAGUUCAGGGGGCAAAGAUCCUUUGGCCGCCAACCACAGCUUGAAACCCCUGCCCUCUGUCCCAGAAGAGAGAAAACCUAGGUCGAAAAUCAUCUCCAUAUUCUAUAGCAAUGAAAAAGGAAGCAAGAAGAAAGAAAAGGAGCGGCCAGAAAUCUCCCCGCCGUCAGAUUUUGAGCAUACCAUCCAUGUUGGCUUUGAUGCUGUCACUGGAGAGUUCACGGGAAUGCCAGAACAAUGGGCUCGGUUGCUUCAGACCUCAAAUAUCACCAAGCUAGAACAGAAGAAGAACCCCCAGGCAGUACUGGAUGUGCUGAAAUUCUAUGACUCCAAAGACACAGCAAAACAGAAAUAUCUGAGUUUUUCUGCUCCAGAAAAAGAUGGUUUCCCUUCAGGAAUGCCAACGACCAAUGCCAAAGGUUCAGAACCAUCAACAACUGUGGCAGAUGAGGAUGAGGAUGAUGAAGAAGCUCCUCCUCCUGUGAUUGCUCCACGGCCAGAUCACACAAAAUCGAUUUAUACCCGCUCUGUGAUUGACCCCAUCCCUGCCCCAGCUGGUGACUCCUGUGCUGACAGCGCCACGAAAUCGGGGGAUAAGCAGAAAAAGAAGACCAAAAUGUCAGAUGAAGACAUCAUGGAAAAACUACGCACUAUUGUAAGCAUAGGAGAUCCCAAGAAAAAAUACACCAGAUAUGAAAAAAUCGGGCAGGGGGCUUCAGGUACAGUUUUCACAGCUAUUGAUGUGGCAACAGGGCAGGAGGUGGCUAUUAAACAGAUCAACCUGCAGAAACAGCCCAAGAAGGAGCUGAUUAUUAACGAGAUCUUGGUAAUGAAGGAGCUAAAGAACCCCAACAUAGUCAACUUCUUGGACAGUUACCUCGUAGGAGAUGAGUUGUUUGUGGUGAUGGAGUAUCUGGCUGGGGGCUCCCUAACAGAUGUGGUCACAGAAACAUGUAUGGAUGAGGCACAGAUUGCUGCUGUCUGCAGAGAGUGCUUGCAAGCACUUGAGUUCCUCCAUGCCAACCAGGUCAUCCACAGAGACAUUAAGAGUGACAAUGUGCUCUUGGGAAUGGAUGGAUCAGUUAAAUUAACCGACUUUGGUUUCUGUGCUCAGAUCACCCCUGAGCAGAGCAAGCGCAGCACCAUGGUGGGAACUCCCUACUGGAUGGCUCCAGAGGUGGUCACACGGAAAGCAUAUGGCCCCAAAGUGGAUAUCUGGUCUCUGGGCAUCAUGGCUAUUGAGAUGGUGGAAGGAGAACCCCCGUACCUCAAUGAAAACCCCCUGAGGGCUUUAUAUUUGAUAGCAACUAAUGGCACACCAGAACUCCAGAACCCUGAGAAACUGUCCCCAAUAUUCCGGGAUUUCUUGAACCGAUGUUUGGAGAUGGAUGUAGAGAAAAGAGGAUCAGCCAAAGAAUUGCUACAGCAUCCCUUCUUGAAACUGGCCAAACCUCUGUCCAGCUUGACGCCACUGAUCUUGGCAGCCAAAGAAGCAAUGAAGAGUAACCGCUAACAUCCUG